AUGGGUGGCGGCGAUCUCAAUCUGAAGAAAUCAUGGCACCCCGUGCUGAUGAGCAAUCAGCGCCGGGUGUGGGAAGAGGAAAAGAAGGCGCUGGAUGAGCGCAAGAAGAUCGAACAGAUCAUGAAGGAGAGACAGGAGGAGCGACAGAUUCAGGAACUGCAGCAAAUGCAAGAAGCAGCCGGAGGAAAUAAGCGGGCGAACCGUGUGGACUGGAUGUAUUCUGGUCCAUCAGAUGGUCAAGCCGGUACGACGGAGGAGAUGGAAGGAUAUCUGCUUGGAAAACGAAGGAUUGAUCCUCUGAUCAAGGGCACCGAGCACAAGAAGUUGGAGAAGGCGGCAGACGAGGGAUCAUUCAUGGCAUUGCAGAGCGCGAAUACGGUUCGAGACACGGCAGCAAAGGUCCGGGACGAUCCCAUGCUUGCCAUCAAAAAGCAAGAACAAGCAGCUUACGAAGCAAUGAUGAAUGACCCGAGCCGGCGACGGCAGCUCCUUAAAGCAGCUGGUGCUGACGAGAAGAGUCGAGAUUCAGAACGAAAACGCCAUCGCCACCGACACCGUGAUGAUGACAGGGACCACUACCAUAGAAGUCAUCGAAGAAGGCGGGAAGACGAUGAGGAUAGACGCAGUCGUCGCUACGACGACAAAGAUGACUAUGGCGACUACCACCGGAGCAGUAGACGCAGAAGGGAUGACGAAGAGGAAGAUAGUUACCGGCGGCGUCACCACCAUCGUCGGAGAUCCUACACACCUUCUCGCUCAAGAUCACGAUCCCCCGGCCGUGAGAAGAACGGCUUGACUCGGCACAAAUCACCAGAUCGAAAUGGCUACAGAAAAGACUACAGAAAUGGGGAUUCAUACAGUCACCGUGAGCAGCAGGAUCGUUCUGGCGAAAGGGGCCUCAAGGAGAGUUACUCCGGUCGAAAUGGUUUUCGCAACGAUUACAGGAAUGGUCAUGAUCGUCAGCAAAAUGGCAGUGGUAGCUCUGGACCAUCGGCCGAAGAGACGCGUGCCGCGAAAUUGGCCGCCAUGCAGCAGGAUGCAUCUCAACUGGACACCGAUCGUGAACAAAGACUGGCGGCUAUUGCAGAGAGGGAGAAAGCUGAGCGCGAGUCAGAAGAUGCAGCACGGGCUCGGUCCUCCAAGUUUGGUGGUAGAGGUGACUUUAUCAGCGGCCUUAACAGAAAAGCUGGCGAGCUUGACCUUGGAGAGCGUGUCCGACGGGGAAGAGGCGGCCUUGAGCGUGGUGGCCGUGACGAAUGA